AUGCAGCUGAAUAAUAAUGUGACUGUGUUCAUUCUAGUUGGGUUGACAGAAGAUCCGUUUAGGAAGAAGAUGGUAUUUGUGGUAUUUUUGCUUCUAUAUUUGGGAACAUUAUUGAGUAACUUGUUAAUCAUUACUACUAUCAAGACCAGUCAGGCCCUUGGAAGUCCAAUGUACUUCUUCCUUUUCUAUUUGUCCUUGUCUGACACCUGCUUGUCUACUUGUAUAGCCCCAAGAAUGAUUGUGGAUACCCUUCUGAAGGAGGCCACGAUAUCCUUUAGUGAGUGCAUAAUCCAAGUCUUUGCAUCUCAUGUCUUUGGCUGCCUGGAAAUCUUCAUCCUCAUCAUCAUGGCUGUUGACCGCUAUGUGGCCAUCUGUAAGCCCCUGCACUACAUGACCAUCAUGAGCCACCAAACCUGUGUUGUGCUAGUGUUAAUGGCCUGGAUUGGAGCAUUUGUUCAUUCUUCAACUCAGAUUUGUCUGGCCUUGAGUUUGCCUUUUUGUGGUCCCAAUGAGAUUGAUCACUAUUUCUGUGACUUGCAGCCUUUGUUGAAGCUUGCUUGCUCAGACAUAUAUGUGGUUAAUCUUCUCCUGGUGUCUAAUAGUGGGGCCAUAUGUACAGUAAGUUUCAUCAUCCUGAUGGUCUCUUAUAUCAUCAUCCUGCGUUCCCUGAAAAACUACAGUGCAAAAGGGAGACAAAAAGCUCUCUCCACCUGUAUGUCCCACAUCAUGGUGGUUAUCUUGUUUUUUGUUCCAUGCAUAUUUAUAUACACACGUCCUGCCACCACCUUCCCAUUGGAUAAGAUGAUAGCUGUGUUUUAUACAAUUGGGACACCUUUGCUCAACCCUCUGAUUUACACGCUGAGAAAUGCAGAGGUCAAAAAUGCCAUGAGAAUGUUGUGGAAGAAGAAACUGGUUUCAGAUAGGAUAAGCUGA